AUGGCUCGUUCUUUCUUUCGCAAAUUACUUACAUACUUGUCAUCUGAUGAUGAGCUGGAUGCUGUUAUUAAUGCCGAGGCUGAUGAAGAGUCAUCGAGACAUCAUGGCAAUCGCCAACGUCGUAAGUUUAUUCGGCGUGAUCAUAUUCAAGGGCAUGAGCGCCUUUUUCGUGACUAUUUCUCAGAAAAUCCAGUAUAUCCCUCAAAUCUAUUUCGAAGGAGAUUUCGGAUGAGUCGUCCCUUAUUUCUCCGUAUCCUAAAUGAGGUAGAGGCUUACGAGCCCUACUUCGUCCAGAGAAGAGAUAAUGCCGGAAGACUUGGUUUAUCUUCUAUGCAAAAGAUAACCGCAGCACUUAGAAUGCUGGCCUAUGGGGUUACUGGAGAUUUUAUGGAUGAAUACAUACGUAUUGGAGAAAGCACCGCAAUGGAGAGUCUCAAAAAAUUUUGCAAGACAAUCGUAACUGUUUUUUCAGAUGAAUAUUUGCGGUCUCCAAAUGCCAAUGAUAUUGCUCGAUUGCUUGUUGUUGGUGAACAACGGGGAUUCCCUGCCCAAGGGCGUGCUCCACCAGUCAAUUACACAAUCAAUGGCAAUGACUACACUAUGGGGUACUACUUUGCCGAUGGUAUUUAUCCCAAGUGGUCAACGUUUGUGAAGACGAUUCCAUCACCCCAAGGGAAUAAGAAAAAAAACUUUGCCACAGCACAAGAAUCUGCAAAAAAAGAUGUCGAGCGUGCCUUCGGGGUACUUCAACAACGAUUUGCAAUCAUUUGUGGACCUUCUCGAUUAUUCAAAGUCAAUGACCUAAUAAAUAUAAUGAAAGCAAGCGUUAUUCUACAUAACAUUAUCAUUGAGGAUGAGCGUGAUGAUAGUCAGGGUUUGAACAUGGAGUAUGAUCAACUUGAUGAUGAUCUUCCAGAAUUGUCGCGCAAUCCAACUAACGAGUUUAUCAACUUCAUUCAGCGCCAUCAUGAAAUUAGAGACAGCUCGGCACAUCAUCAACUACAAGCAUAUUUAAUUGAACAUCACUGGCAAUUAUAUUCCCAACAAUAG